AUGUUAGAACCUUCACAACUUAUGACAGAAAAUACACGUUCUGAUCUUUAUGUUGCACUCCCUGUUCUCAGUCAAGGAAAGAAAUGGGUCUUACUAUACAGUACAUGGAGGCAUGGCAUAUCUCUUUCAACCUUAUAUAGAAGAAGCAAUCUUUGCCCUGGGUUAAGUCUACUGGUUGUUGGAGAUCGUAAAGGUGCAGUGUUUGGUGGUUUAGUUGAGGCACCUUUGAAACCAUCAACAAAGAAAAGAUAUCAGGCUUGGGUGAAUCGGUAUUUUACUCUUUGUUCAACUGAGUAUUUAGCGCUUGGUGGGGGAAAUCAUUUUGCAUUGUAUCUCGAUAGUGACUUAUUGAAUGGGUCAAGUUUGGCCUCAGAAACUUAUGGUAACUCUUGUUUGUCACACACCCAAGAAUUUGAAGUGAAGGAAAUUGAGCUGUGGGGGUUUGUAUAUGCUUCAGAGUAUGAAGAGGCGAUAUCAAUGUUGAGGACAGAAGCACCUGGGAUAUGUCGAUGGUUUAUACUGCCCCUGAUUCUGCCUGGUAUAAAAUGCCUAAGUCUACAAGGUGAGCUUUGUGGUUGGACAUGCUUUUACAUUGGUGUGGCUGCUGUUGCUUUUGGAUGCUCUUAUUAUCACCUCAAACCAAAUGAUGGUCACCUUGUUUGGGAUCGUUUGCCUAUGCAAAUGAGGAAUCUUCACGAUCACAUGCCAUUCUUCGUUCAUAAAUCUUGCAGGAAAUGAAAGAGGUGCAGAUACAACUGAUAAUGAUAAGAAAACAAGGUAAAGGUUGGAAUAUAGAAUGGAAUGGAAUGGAAUGAGUCAUUCCAUUCCAUUUCUUCCCUCUCUAUUUUUCUC